GUCAAAAAUAUGAACUUCUGCGAUAUCAGCAUUGAAAAACGGAAAGGAAUCACUUCUGAUGAACGCUCGUGGUUUAUGAAACCAUUCGUUCGAUACAGCAUACCAAACUUUGCUCAGAUCAAGCGACGGUCCGCAAAUUUGAUGGAGGCGAAGAGAACAUGGAAUUGCCGCCAUGCUCUAGUUCGCGCCACCGUACUUUGAAUUUAGCGCGAAGCAGCUUAGGCUCUUUUUUGUUUGAAUUAUUAACUAUUUUAACUUUUACGGGCUGGUCAUAUGGUUUACUGCAUUAAAUUAUUCUGUCAAAUGCUAAACGGCUCACACACCGCAAACACCCACAGAAAGUACAGCAAUGACAGAUUUGUAAUCUGAUUAGCACAAACACCAUGACGUAACCAGAAAUCAGAACCCAUGUCCUGCUGGGAAUUUCAGACUCUGAUGGAUCUCGUCAUGAACAGCGCUUUAAUACGCUUUGAUCGAGUUAUGCCGCCUAAAUUGAGGGCCACCCGACAUCUUUUGGUCCAUAACGUUGGUCCAGAACGGGAGUCUCAAAAACGUUCGUGGAGCAAACUCCAAUGGGCAGAGGUUCGUCGUGAGUCUUCCAAAGGUUCCCACCAUGAUUCUUCACCAAAGAAAGAAUGCUGCUCAAAGUCAAAAUCUUCUAGCCGUUCGGACUUGCCAGACAACACACCAUUGUGGGCAAAAAAGCUCCUUGAGGUGCACGAAAGGAGCGAGGAGUGUCUGCAAUUCCUCGAAAAGGAACUGAAGUCACAGCCAUUUACAGAGCGAUCCCACACAAAAUUGCCACAGCCUGAAUUCAAGUAUAAAAGAAACAAGAUCCAGUAUGAGCUAAAUGAGAAAGUGCUGGAUAAAUUGGACAUGGCCGCAUCCACCAGCGACGAAAAAGCCUGGAAUGAUGCCUUGGAGGAAGGUAGGAAAAGCUUCAAGGAAAGAAAUAGACAUAUGUUAGCUGAAAAAUACAGCUGGGAGGCUGUCAAUUGUUAUGUUCAGGAGCCUUUAGCUUGCGACUCCGAUGAUGAGAAGCGUAUCAGGCGGGUAGUCAAAGAGAGCAAAACAUUGAAGGCAGAAAGCAAGAAGCCUCUGAAGCCUUAGGCACAACUAAUUGGCCAUUCUCAGCAGUCAUUCACGUUGAGCCAGAAUUCUCCCAGUGUGAGGCGGACAGUUAUUCCUGUGUUGAGGCAAAAAUUGGAUUCAAGCCAAAACAAAGGGUGUUUUUGUUGCGGAAGACCUGGGCAUUUCAUAAAAAAAUGCUGCACACCUAUCCCCUCAUCCACGACAGGAAAAACAUACUAAGAUACCUUCUCAACCACAUUUCACUUGUGAUGUUGAUAUUGAUUGGAACUAUGAUUUGAAUGCACAGACCGAGUAUGAACCAGGUUUGAUGGAAUUGUACAAUAGACUAGGAAUGUCAGAACAUAGGCUCUAUCACCAGCCACUGUUCGGGAAAGGAGCCCAUGCUCCUCCCCCUAAGGCAUGGCAGAUUCUCUUGUUAGUCUUGUUAGUCUUGGCCAAUCAGAUAACUGCCGGCAGAUUUUUUGUUGGGCAUAAAUCAGUGCAUAAAUUAUCUUGUCAGAUCAUUGUGAACAGAAUGGCGGACGAUGUGGCGUUGAUGGCUUUGGGACAUGAGAGAAUUUAA